UUCUUGAGGAGCAGGGGCUCAGAGGCCUGCGGGCUGUUGCAGGGCCAGCCCAGGUGGGAGGGCCAAGGCCGGGGAGGUGGAGCGCUCGUCCAGGGGUCUCCAGGAGUGGCAGUUCCAACAAGGCUGCCAAAAGGCGCGAUCCUCAAGGACCGGCCUAAGGCCACCCAUCAGAGCAGGAGACAGAAGAAAAAGAAGAGAAGAGGGUGGAGCGGACAAAGAGCAUUGGAGGCAGAAACCGGCGGCGAAAGGGCGGCGCGAGCCUGGCCACCUGGCUCUGCAGUGUCCCAGGUGCACCUGCUGGGAGAGAGAAAGGGGCAUCUCCGAUUCCGGGGGAAAUCCAGUCCUGGGGGCUGACUCGAAGCUGGAAAAUCCAGAGAAGCCUCCGCCUCCUCUUCACCUGCGGCCAAAACCCGGCAAGUGAAUGGGCGUGACCCUAGUGCUCAGGUUUCUUCCUUUUCACCUGGGCAAGAAGGGGUGGGGGCCAGGACUUCCGGUUCAGGGUCGCCCGGAGCGCCGAGGGGGACCGCCCGGCCUCGGGGAUCGCCGCGUGCGGAGCCGCUGCUCCGGGAGUGACCCGCUCCCUCGGCUGAGAGACCGGCGCUCUACCGGAGGCGUCGAUUUGCCUUUACUCCGGGGACAAGAAGAUAAACGCCUCUUUUGUCUCUUCGGGCGGCUGAAAACUCCACCUGGCUUGUUUCUUGUGGGGCUGCCCCCACCCCCAAGUUUUAUUUGCUUCACUGUAGGGUCCCCCGCCCGGGGCUCCCAGUCUCUUUCCGAAGGCGGAAAUGGCCAAUUCGGGCCUGCAGUUGCUCGGCUUUUCCAUGGCUCUUCUGGGAUGGGUGGCCCUGGUGGCGAGCACCGCCAUCCCGCAGUGGCAGAUGAGCUCGUACGCGGGCGACAACAUUAUCACGGCCCAGGCCAUGUACAAGGGGCUGUGGAUGGAGUGCGUCACGCAGAGCACCGGCAUGAUGAGCUGCAAAAUGUACGACUCUGUGCUCGCCCUGUCCGGGGCCUUGCAGGCCACUCGAGCCCUCAUGGUGGUAUCUCUGGUGCUGGGCUUCCUGGCCAUGUUUGUGGCCACGAUGGGCAUGAAGUGCACGCGCUGCGGGGGAGAUGACAAAGUGAAGAAGGCCCGCAUUGCCAUGUCUGGAGGCAUCGUCUUCAUCGUGGCAGGUCUUGCUGCCUUGAUAGCUUGCUCCUGGUAUGGUCAUCAGAUUGUCACAGACUUUUAUAACCCCCUGACCCCCAUGAAUGUUAAGUACGAGUUUGGUUCUGCCAUUUUUAUUGGCUGGGCAGGGUCUGCUCUGGUCCUCCUGGGAGGCGCACUGCUCUCCUGCUCCUGCCCUGGCAGUGAGAACAAAUCUGCAUACCGUGCACCUCGCUCCUACCCCAAGUCCAACUCCGCCAAGGAGUACGUGUGAGCCGGGACCCAUGCCCCAGCCUGACAGGCUGUGGGUGUGCCCAGACACCUGCAAGGCCCACGGCACAGCUCAACCUGUGAGCAGGUGCAGGACAAGGCCUCCUGUUCAAUCUACCCCUGCACACCAUGUACAGUUCUCUGCGGGGCGGGGAAGGGGGGGCAAACAGAGGGGAGGGUGUGCUUUUUGUACAGUAAUAAAAAAUAGGUUUUGGAAAGGCG